AUGAAAUUUCAAAUAAACAAGAAACUCCUUUUCGUAAAACUUCACUUUUUUUUAAUGACUUCAGGAUUUACAGCUAUAGAUCCAUACUUGGGUUUAAUUGCCAAGCAACUAGGAUUUGCAGCUACUUCUUUGGGUAUCAUUCAUACAAUUAUACCGUUUUUAAGUAUUAUAGCAAAACCGUCCAUUGGCUGUUUGUCAGAUAAACUACAGAAGCACAAGCUUAUUAUUAUACUUUUAAUGCUCACAUUGAGUUCAUUUUAUCUUGUUCUAAAUUUUCUUCAGGAUAAACCUUCAGAAAAUGUUUUAACUCCAAUAAAAUUAAAUUGUACAUCGCUCAGUCAAGUGACUCAAGUCAUAAAUCAACCAGGAUCUUGGUCACUUUGCAAUACUGAUUUGAAUUGUAGUAUUGAUUGUAAUGGUAUCGUGUAUUCGACCAGAGUAACAUCUAAUUUAAAAGAGAAUUUAUUGAAAAUAAACGUUAAUGGCAUCGAAAACUGUACAGCUUAUUGUAUACUACAUUGCUUGGAUUCAGAAUGCAAGAAUGAAUCAAACAAUAGCUUACACUUUUGGCUCUUUGCAAUAUUUAGAGUCAUUUGUGGUGUAUUGGUGAAUGUGUUGUGGACAUUAACUGACACUUUUUGCUACGAAAAUUUAUCUGAAAAAGUUGGAGAUUUUGGUAAACAAAGAUUAUGGGGUACUUUAGGUGCAGGUAUCACAGCAGUUGUGAUGGGAAUCAUCUAUGAUUACACACCAAAUUAUUCAGUGGGAUUUUAUUUAAUGAUAGUUUUUGUGCUCAUAGACACAUCUAUAUUAUCGAAAGCAAAAAAUACAAUUGUAGCAACAUCAGAAGACAUCUUCAGCGAUAUUUUUCAGAUUUUUCGUAAAAUUCGCCCUAAAAUAUUUCUUGUAAUGUCAUGCAUCGCUGGCAUGUUUACUGGAGUACUGGAUUCUUAUCAGUUGUGGUACUUGGAUGAUUUAGGUGCUAGUAAACUAAUUAUUGGCUUAUCUGUUAUGACUGAGUGCGUUUUAUCAGAAAUUCCAUUAUUCUUCUUUUCUGGAUUGAUUAUUGAAAAAAUAGGCCAUGAAUUAUGUGUCGUGUUAGCGUUUAUUGCUUUUUCUAUAAGAUUUAUAUGUUAUUCUUUCAUUUAUAAUCCAUGGUUAGUGUUGAUUUUUGACUUAACUCAAGGAGUAUCAUUCGGAGUAUUCAUGGCUGCGCUAUCUUCUUUUGCUAAGAUAAAUGCUCCUCAUGGUACGGAGGCUACAAUGCAAGGAAUAUUUGGAGGAACGUAUAGUGGAUUAGGAGUUGCCAUUGGAAGUAUUUUGGCAGGAACAGGAUUCGAUUCUCUAGGAGGGAGAAUAACAUUUCGGAUAACUGGCAUUGCGGCUAUUGUUAGUGCAAUGCUAUUAUUUUGUAUUCACUAUAUUUUAAUAUUUAUCGAAAAGAAAAAUUCGUUUGGAUUAUUUCCAACAGCUUGUUGUAGCUUUCUAGCUAAACUUCACUCCCAAACAGCUGUUUCAAACAGCCUAUUAUCUACUCCCUUGAUUUAUAACGUUGUCGUUAUCAUGGUCGAUUUACCUGCAGAAAUUACUUUAAGUGAAGCUGGUGAAGGCAACGUAGAAAUAUUGAAGUUGUCUGAUGAUAAAAAACUCGAUGGAAAUAUGAACGAAACUCCUUCUAUUAAAAGAAACUUUUAUUAUAUAAAUUUAAAGUUGCUACCUUUAAAAAUGCAUUUUUUGUUCCUGUUUGCAGGUAUCGCAUGCAUCGCUCCUUACUUACCUCUUUAUGGAAAGCAAUUAGGAAUAUCAGCUACGGGUAUUGGAAUUAUUUUUUCUUUCAUACCAUGUUUAUCAUUAGCAUCCAAACCACUUUUUGGUUGGUUAGCCGAUCGAUUUAAAAAAGAAAAAAUCCUCUUCAUCAUCCUUAUAUUGACAGUUAUCAUAUUUUAUAUAUUUUUAAUAUUUAUACCACCGUUGAGACGUAACAACACCAUAACAUUAGAACAAGGCUGUGAUAUAUACACUCCUACACUGGACUAUCCUAAUAUGACGUGCUCAUCAGAUUUCAAUAAAACGAUAACAUGCUCCAAGAAAUGUGUAGAUUGUGCCAUCAAUGAUGUUGGGAACAUCACUUGCGAAGAAUCAUCAAAUGAGGAUACGUUAAACGUAACUUUGAUUACGUUAAAUCAUCGAAUUACCUUCAAUUUAUCUGAUGUAAGCAUUGAUUGCGUGUUGAAUCACACUUCCCAUUGUGAAAUUGUGUGUGGUUGUGACGAAAGAUGCUGCCAAGUGGAUAAUGAAUACGAAACCAAUCAGUUCUGGUUAUUUUUCCUUGCAAAUGUUUUUGCAGGAAUGGGAAGACGUACUUUACACAGUCUGUCAGAUUCCUUAUGUUACGAUAUGCUUGAUGGAAAGACUGGAAAUUAUGGUAAACAGAGGCUGUGGGGUUCUGUAGGAAGAAGCGUAUCUCCGGUGUUAACGGGAUAUCUUCUUGAUGUAACCACGUCUGACAACGAGAAAAAUUAUUCUGUAGCUAUAUACGUUAUGGCAACUUUCCUUAUAAUUGACGUCAUUACAAUUAUGAGACUAGAUUUGAAAUCAAAUAAGAAACAAACCUCAAAAACAAUAUGUAAAGACGUUUGUUCGUUAUACUCCGAACUAAGAAAUGUCGUUUUUGGAGUCGCUGUGUGCAUGAAUGGCAUUUUGAGUGGAUUAUAUUUUGUCUAUUUCUUCUGGUUUCUGAGCGAAAUCGGUGCUACAGGCCUUUUAAUAGGUCUUAGUGUACUUAUAAGGCUCGUAACGGAAGUUCCUUGCCUUUUCUACGCUGGAAAAAUAAUCAAUAAAAUCGGCCAUUUUAAUUCGGUUAUCAUCGCUUUUGUAGCAUUCUCCGUUCGAUUUUUUGCUUAUGUUUAUAUAUACAAUCCCUGGAUAACACUUCCUGUUGAGUUUACACACGGAUUAACUUUCGGUAUAUUCUAUGCUUCUAUGACGUCGUUUGCAAAAAAGUCUGCAAUCCCUGGAACCGAAGCCACGUUACAAGGUGUACUAGGAGCUCUAUUUGAUGGUUUAGGUAUGGCUAUAGGAAAUAUUCUUGGAGGAUUAGGAUUUGAUUAUUAUGGUGCAAGGACUACUUUUUUGGCUGCUAGCAUAAUUUCUGCAAUUAGUGCUAUAACGAUGUUUAUAUUUCAUAGAUAUAGCAUGUACAAAAAUACGAUCAUCAGGAAGAAUACAAAAUUACAAAAUGGAGACGUUUCUCUACAACCACCGGAAGAAGAAAAUAUGCUAUGAAAAAAUUACUUAUUAGUGUAAAUUAGUAAAUAUAGAAUAAUAAUUGUCUAAUUCACAAGAAAUUUUUCACUUAUUUAU